AUGUUUGAAAAUCCAGAGGUUGGCCCUGUACUGGUCACCACAAACCCACUGUAUUUCAAGGACACAUUGAAGGGGUUGUAUGUCCAAGGAGGUGGGGAUUGUCCAGAGAUGUCCAUCACUGCCAUCAGCGAGGCUCUUGACGUUUCAUUACCAAACUCCUUCAUCUACGUUUUUACUGAUGCUCGGGCUCGUGACUUUAACCUCACUGACAUUGUACUUGGACAGAUUCAAGAAAAACAGUCUCAGGUGGUGUUUGUAUUGACGGGUGACUGUGGGGAUCCUACACACGAGGGCUACAAAGCUUACGAGAAGAUCGCCUCUACCAGCUCUGGACAGGUCUUCUUACUCCGUAAAAACCAGGUCAAUCAGGUGCUGAACUUUGUGAAGGUGGCAGUGCAAGCGCGCAAGGUUAACCUCAUGUCCAUAGAUGUUCCUGAAGCCACGGCGCAGAUGUAUGAACUGCCAAUUGACUCAAAACUGCAAGAGAUCACAGUGUCAGUCAGUGGAGAGACACCAGACAUAGAAGUUUUUGGACCUGAUGGUCGCAAGAUGACAGUGUUUUCCGGCCUUAAUGAACUAUUGGAUCUGAGAAAUGCUAAAGUAGUGAAUGUCAGGAUGCCUUCUGCCGGGCCAUGGAAACUCUUCAUAGGGAGUAACAGUGCCCACACCAUUCGUGUCACUGGCCUCAGUACCACAGACUUUGUGUCCGGUUUCUCUCGAUUCCCCACAAGAGACCUCGCUGACACUGACCUUCGACCUUUGGGAGGUGUGCCAACUUACAUGGUAAUCAAUGCAAGUAACCUUGUAGCUCCUGGACGUUUUAACACACUUGAGCUGAUAGAUCUCCAGGGCAAUGUCCUCGAACUACAGGAAUUGGAGCAGGAUGAAGAAUAUUCACACCUUUACUAUCUUACUGAUUCCUUCAUACCUCCAAAACAGUUCUUUUAUGUCAGGGUGAGUGGAAUUGAUGACAAAAGGAACCCAAUCCAGCGCUUGACCCCUACAGCCAUCAGUCCUGUCCCUCCACCACGUCCUAAUGUGUACAUGCCCCAAAUAACUCGUGGCUUCUACGACACUACUGCCUAUAUCACGUGUUCCGUACAGAGCCCUAUCAAAUAUAAUGUCCAGUGGAGCAGAGGAAAUGAUCUUAUAGGAAAUCCACUCUUUUACAGGGAGUCAAGUAAUGUGGUGCUAGAAAUACCCUUCGUAGAUGGGAGUUCUGAGGGGAGAUACACCUGUAAUGCUACUAGCCUGGCUGGCUGGAAUGCAAGCACCACAAUGCUUGAUGUCAGUGAGCCGCCACCAGUGAUCGAACCAAUGAGGAACAUUUCUGUGCUGCCGGGGCGAGAUGCAGUCCUCCAUUGUGUCGUCCAAAGAACUGUUGAGUUUAACAUCAGCUGGUACCAACCCAACUCAGACUUUCUACUCAACAGUAACAAAUACCAGAUCUUCAGCAAUGGAUCACUUCUGAUCAGAAACAUUGGACUUGAGGAUGAGGGAAGGUACCUGUGUCUGGCUGGCAAUGAAGGUGGAUUCACUGAGGCACUUGUACAUGUCCGAGUUCAAGUACCACCUAAGACUGUGGUGACUCCUUCUGUUAAGACCUUUAAGACGGGGCAGACGGUGAACCUGACCUGUACUGCGGAGGGUUUUCCUGUCCCCAGUUUUUACUGGCUUCGUGACAACAAGCUUAUGAUUCCUAAUGAAAGGAUUCAGAUUAAUGGUCCACAUAUCAGCUUCGCCAAUAUGUUCCUAGGUGAUCAGGGCCAGUACCAGUGUUUGGCCGAAAAUUUGGCAGGAGAGGAUAAUGUAACAGCCAUUCUUACAUAUAUAGAGGCACCGCAGAUAUACCGAUCUGAUGAACUUGUGUUGGUUGCUAGUGGUGACAAUGCAGUCUUAGUGUGUGCAGCCAAUGGUAUACCCAGUCCCACAAUCACAUGGUUCAGAGGAGAUGUCCAGGUAAACAUUGGACUUGAGGAUGAGGGAAGGUACCUGUGUCUGGCUGGCAAUGAAGGUGGAUUCACUGAGGCACUUGUACAUGUCCGAGUUCAAGUACCACCUAAGACUGUGGUGACUCCUUCUGUUAAGACCUUUAAGACGGGGCAGACGGUGAACCUGACCUGUACUGCGGAGGGUUUUCCUGUCCCCAGUUUUUACUGGCUUCGUGACAACAAGCUUAUGAUUCCAAAUGAAAGGAUUCAGAUUAAUGGUCCACAUAUCAGCUUCGCCAAUAUGUUCCUAGGUGAUCAGGGCCAGUACCAGUGUUUGGCCGAAAAUUUGGCAGGAGAGGAUAAUGUAACAGCCAUUCUUACAUAUAUAGAGGCACCGCAGAUAUACCGAUCUGAUGAACUUGUGUUGGUUGCUAGUGGUGACAAUGCAGUCUUAGUGUGUGCAGCCAAUGGUAUACCCAGUCCCACAAUCACAUGGUUCAGAGGAGAUGUCCAGCUACGACAGCUGUCCUACGUGAACAUCACGACUGAUGGCGUAUUGAUGAUCCUUGGCACACAGGAGCAAGAUGGUGGCGAUUACCGUUGUGUGGCCACCAAUGAGGCAGGCACAGAUUCUGCUGAUGUUACACUCGAAGUUGGAUCUGAGCCCCGUAUCACCACCCAGCCCUCUAAUCUUGGAGCAGACAUAGGGACCAAUGUCACCAUAAGCUGUGAGGCUACUGGAAACCCUCCCCCAAAGAUCUACUGGAGGAAUGAGGAUGGCACCAUUAUUGCAUAUGGGGGAAGAUUUAUUCAGCUCCCAGAAGGCUCUCUGUUUGUCAGAAAUUUGAAGAUUGGUGAUGAGGGACGGUAUACAUGUGUGGUCCAGAACCAGUUUGGUAUGAGGGACAUGUCUGCUUAUCUUAGUGUCACAGGAAUAGUGCGCCCUGUGAUUGCAUUCACCAACCCAUUCAUAGAGGUAAUUAAGGGUAACGAUGUUGAGUUGAACUGUGUGCUGCUGAGAGGAAACCCCAAACCUGUUCUCAACUGGAUCAAGGAUGGAAUGGUGGUUCAGCCAUCAGCACGUGUCACACGACCCUUCAACAACAGUGUCCUCAUCGGGGACAUCCAGCAGGACAUGGAAGGGGACUACCAAUGUGUGGCUAGCAACGUGGCUGGCAACUCUACCUACACUGUUACUGUUGAUGUCCUUGUUCCUCCGGAGCUGCUUUUAGAUGAAGAAACAGACACCCAGGACCGAUUUAGAGUUACGGAAGGAGACUCCAUCAUUCUGCCCUGUAGAGUAGAUGGAGACCCACCUCCCACAGUGACAUGGCUCAGGGAUGGCAAUGAAAUCCUCCUCACAGACCCGUCGUACUACAUCACUGAGGAUGGCAGUUUGGAGAUAUUCGGAGCUGAGUCAACCAAUACAGGGACCUACAUGUGUACAGCAUCUAAUGUAGCCGGGAAAGUGGAGAAAACUGUCACACUCUUUGUGGAGGUGCCUGCUAGUAUAGCUGGCAAGCUUAAUGAGAAGUAUGUAGUGGAAUCAGGACAGACAAUCCUCCUUCCCUGUGUGGUCAGUGGUGUACCGGAACCAGAGGUAAACUGGAGGCGCAACUUCAUCCCUUUCUAUGCUGACACUGAGAGGUUUUUGAUCAGUGACCAGGGCCUAACAAUCUCCCCAGCCCUGAUUGUGGAUAAAGCCAUCUAUGAGUGUGUGGGUAGCAAUGAUGCUGGCAGUGCCUCCAAAGUCAUCACACUUAUUGUACAGAUUCCUCCACAAAUCAGUCAAGAUGGCGAUGAUGAUAUAACUGUAUUAAACAACGAGGGUGUGACGUUGAACUGUGAGGCGACUGGUAACCCCAUGCCAGACAUUCGCUGGACCAAGGAUGGGGUUACCUUGGAUACAUCAGAGGGCAGCUAUUAUCGAAUGAUUGGGAAUGGGUCACUUCAUAUAACGUCGUCCGGUCCGGCAGACAGUGGGACAUAUGUGUGUGUGGUGACCAACACGGCGGGGACACAAACCAGGGAAUUCUCUAUCACAGUCAACGCUCUGCCUACCUUGCCGGGUAACCUCCUGACAAAUACCUCGGAGAUAGAGAACAGUGAUGUGAUCCUUGAGUGCCCAGCCACAGGGACCCCACCCCCAGACAUCACUUGGUACAAGGAUGAUGUUGCACUGUCAUCUGAUGACUUUGGUGUGAGCAUCUUGCCAGAUGGCUCCCUUGAGCUGGAAAGCAUCUCAGCUGAGGAUUCCGGAGAGUAUCGCUGCCUGGCAACCAACAUUGCUGGGGAAGUUGACCACACAACUAGACUUAAAGUCCUUGUGGCACCCAAGGUAAUAGGUGGUGACCGUGGGGAUAUCCCCAUCCCGGAGAGCCACACUGUGAGGGCUAAUGAAACACUGACCAUGGUUUGUACUGUGGAGGCAGAUCCUCCGCCCACCAUCAACUGGCUGAAAAAUGAUGAACCCUUCACUGAGGAGGAACUGUCACAUGUACGUAUCUCUGCCAAUGGCAAGGAGCUGGUCAUUCCUCGGGCUGCUGUUGAAGACACUGCACACUAUUCCUGUGUGGCCACCAACAUAGCUGGGUCUUCUAAGAAAGAAUUUGAUGUUGAUGUCCAUGUGCCCCCAAGGAUUGACCCGGGCACUGUGUCUAAUGGUACCCUGUCUGUAAAGGUGAAGCAAACCCUUACCAUCAACUGUCCAGUAAAUGGUAUCCCUCUACCUCAAAUCAGCUGGUUCAAGAACGGAGAAUACAUCUCUCCACUGCUUGACCCUAACAUUAAAUUAUAUGCGGGCGGUCGCAGGCUAGAGGUUGUCGAUGCUAGGAUUACAGAUGCAGGACUGUAUAGAUGUGUUGGGGAAAACAUUGCAGGAAAUACACAGCACGAAUUUAAUGUCAAAAUCAAUGUGCCACCCCAGAUAGAGGAUUCAGACACUGUUCACAUUCCGGAGGUUGUGGAGGAUGGAGACCUCCUUCUGAAUUGCCCUGCAUCAGGAAAACCAUUACCAAAAAUUACGUGGUUCAAGGGAAAUCAGCCAAUCAAGUUCAAUUCAUCUAGCUAUCUGAUCCUGAAUGAGGGAUUCACAUUACAGAUUCAAAACGCACAGCAAGAUGAUGCAACAAGGUUUAUCUGUCGAGCCGAAAAUGUGGCUGGUGCUAAUGAAAAAGCUUUUGAUGUGAAUGUGUUAGUGCCAGCCAGGAUCUCUGAGGAAGGCCUUGACUCUACGCCUGAUGUAGUCCUCAAUAGGACGCUAGUGUUGAACUGUCAUGCGGAAGGUAAUCCCACCCCUGAGAUCACAUGGUACAAAGAUGGCUUCCUCCUGGACCCCACACUCAAUCCACGCUAUGACAUUCUGUCUAGGGGCCGCCAACUACGUAUCCAGGCUGUCAGGCUGUCCGAUACUGCCAUAUACAGGUGUGAGGCUCUGAACAAGGCUGGAAAGUCCACCUUCGACUUCAACACUGACAUAUUUGUUCCAUCAAAGAUUCCUAUUAUAAACAUCAACAUCAGUCCCAAGGCUGUCGUGAACAGUUCGCUGACCUUAGACUGCCCAGCAACAGGAACACCUACACCGGAAAUCACAUGGUUCAAGGAUGGAAGAAAAGUAACUCCAGAACUAAACCCCAACAUUCGUAUUAGAAAUAAUGGUCGCCAACUGGAGAUUGUCCGUUCUCAGGUGUUCAACACAGGCACAUACACAUGCAGGGCAGUCAAUCCAGCAGGGCAGAGCGAACUCGUACUCAACGUUAACAUACAAGUUCCUCCAAAAAUAGGUGCAGAUGUGGAUAAGAACCCCAGGGUGGUUAUUGGUGAACCAUUCACAAUCUACUGCCCUGCCAGUGGUACACCACCACCAAACAUCAGGUGGUUCAAAAAUGGGUCCCCUAUUCUUCUGUCUGAGGAUCGCCAGGAUAUCCGAGUCACUGCCGGGGGACGUGAGUUGUAUAUACUCGCUGCUGAGGUAGAUGAUGCAGGAGCCUACAUGUGUGUGGCCACAAACGAAGCUGGAGAGUCGGAACAAACAUUUGAUCUUGAAGUGUAUGUACCACCAAGUAUAGAUGACACUUACGAUGAAAUCACCAAAGUUAUAAGAGGUCGAACAACUGUCCUUAAUUGUCCGGCAAAUGGUAUCCCCCAGCCAAACAUUGAGUGGCAGAAGAAUGGACAUGUGAUGAUCUUCACAGAGCGAGUAGUGUUACUUGAUGGAGGACGACAGCUGAGAAUCAUCAACGCUACAAAUAAUGAUCGUGGCAUGUACAGAUGUGUAGCAACAAACCGUGCUGGCCGAGACAUGGCCGACAUGGAGCUGGUGGUACUGGUUCCCCCAGACAUUGAUGAGUCCAACACUGUGUACACACCGCGUGUCGUUGUCAACCGGACUGUUUUGUUGGAAUGUGAUGUAUCAGGAGUCCCCACUCCAACAGUCAAGUGGUUCCUUAAUGACCAGCCAGUCCAACAGACAGAGAGGAUCAGUCUCCUAAGCAACAACAAGCAGCUUCAGAUUGAGCGUGCUCAGACUGGUGAUAGUGCCACCUAUACUUGUCAAGCUACUAAUGAGGCUGGACAACUCCGCAAAAACUUCCAACUCAUGAUUCUAGUACCACCCCAACUUGACAAGUCCGUAAAAACCAACUUUACGGUAAAAGAGAAUGGAAACGCAGUCAUGGAGUGCCCUGUGACAGGAGGUAUUCCUACUCCCUCUGUAUUUUGGUUGAAGGAUCGUGUUCCUCUGAAUAACUUUCCAUACCAGAACCUGAAUGUCACCAACCGUAACCGUAGACUGGAGAUCCGCAAUGCUAAAGUGGUGGAUGCUGUCCAGUAUACUUGUACAGCACUCAACUCUGCUGGGGAGGACUCCAUGAAUUUCUACCUUCGAGUGUUUGUGAGACCAUCAAUUACAAAUGCGUCAGAGAAGCCGGUCAUCACAGUGUUAGAGGGAGAGCAGGUCACACUGGAAUGUCCCGUCACAGGUAUUCCAGAUCCUGGGAUACAGUGGCAAAAGGAUGGGCGUGUCAUUGAGCUGGCCCAGAACUCACACAUCAGCAUCAUUGCAGGGGGACAGGUCCUGAGGAUCCACACCGCCAGAAUAGGUGACACGGCCCAAUACAUGUGUCAUGCUGAGAAUGGAGCUGGAUUCGCCGAGAAAUUCUUUCAAGUCAAUAUCAAUGUGCGUCCUCGCAUUAACGGUUCUCAGGCUCUACAGGAGAAGUCUGUUGUCUUGGGCAACAAUCUUGCUCUGCGUUGCCCCACUUUGGGAAUCCCACCCCCAGAUAUCACAUGGUACUGGCAGGGUGGUCUUGUUGCCCGGGACAGUCGGUUCUUCCAGAUAUUGGACAGGGGUGAGACACUGCUGCUGAAUGAUGCUGACCGCCCCCAGGAAGGCUUCUAUACAUGUGUUGUCACCAACUCUGCUGGCUCGACAAGUCUUAACUUUACUGUUACUGUAAUGGUGCCCCCGAGGAUCACAGAUCUUGUGAAUGAAGUGACAGGUGUUGUUGAUACAUCAGUUGUCCUACCCUGUGAGUAUGGUGGAUACCCUGACCCCAUUGUGACCUGGAAGAAAGAUGGCUACCCAUUCCCUCUUUCCAGUCUCCGUCAUCAGGUGUCAUUUGGGGCCAUUCAGUUCAGCCGUGUGCGUCUGGAGGACCAGGGCAUGUAUGAAUGUGUGGUCACCAAUCUUGUUGGCAAUGACACAAAGCGCAUCAACCUCAGCUUACAAGUGCCUCCUGGUAUCGUUGGCCCAAGGGACUUGCGUAUGGAGGUUUUGGUUGGCAAUGACGCUUACCUCCCCUGCGAUGCAGUAGGUCAGCCUAAACCCACAAUCUCAUGGUCCAAGGGAUUUUUCACUCAGCUUCAACCACACCAAGUUGUUCUGGAGAAUGGAACCUUGCAUCUAAGAAGAGUUACUAGAAAGGAUAGUGGUGUUUACAGAUGUAUUGCUGCAAACCCUGUUGAUCUUGCGUACCGCAUUGUAAGACUCAGGACUCUAAUAAAACCCUCUAUUAUCUCUGGACGAAGGGAUUACACCGCCCAGAUUGGAGAAAAAGUUGUGUUCCCAUGUCGUGUGACCGCCAGUCCCAGGGCUAAGACCACCUGGAGAAAGGAUGGCCAACUCAUAGACACCAGCCGGUCUCGCUAUGUCAAAUAUAGCCAUAAGCUUGUCAUAGCCUCCAGUAGAUCCACUGAUGCUGGAAACUACACCUGUACAGCUGUCAACCAGGCUGGCAUUGACGUUGUCUACAGAACUCUCCGUGUGUUUGUGCCCCCAUUUAUACAGGAGAGCAGUCGUCUGAUCACAGCAUUCCUGGGUAAUGUAUCGGUCACUUUGCCCUGUGAGGUAACUGGAGACCCUACUCCAGUGAUUACUUGGUACAAAGAUGGACAGAGACUUCGGGACGACCGCAGCAAAAUCAUAUAUGAACCCUCAGGCUCUCCUCUCAUGAUAAGGGGUAUACAGGCCCCCAUUAUCGACCUGCUGCCACAGAGUCAGGAAGUGGUGGUAGAUGGGAUCAUACAACUGUUGUGUGGGGCCAGCGGUGUCCCUUCACCCAUCAUACGCUGGGAGAAAAAUGGACAGCCAGUAGCAGACAAGCAGAACAUUGGUGGCAAGAGCUUGUUGAUGGUUACCAAUGCUAGGAGGGAAGAUGGUGGCCUCUACACAUGUAUUGCUGAAAACCCUGCUGGUAUAGCGACGGCGUCAGCAACAGUUCUUAUGUCAGUGCCACCCAGAGUAACAGUUCCUGAUGGAAACGCAGUGGUCAGUAUAGCAGAGAAGGUGAUGCUGACCUGCUCUGUAGGGGGAGACCCUCAGCCAGAUAUCUACUGGACAAAGAAUGGACGCCCAGUCCUGUAUAAUGACCGCAUCAUGGUGCUUCAUAAUGGCUCACUUGUAAUUUAUGAUGCCACGAGUUCUGAUGCUGGAGAGUACAAUUGUGUGGCCACAAAUGAUGCAGGGACAUCAACAGGUGUUGCCAUGCUGACUGUCAAUGAACCUCCACAGUUUAAGAUUGAGCCGAAGAACACAACAGUCAGUAUGGGGGAUACCAUCAUGAUGAACUGCGUCGCAGAAGGGGAACCAGAGCCUAACAUUGUGUGGCAGCGGUCAUGGCAGGAUAUUGAACCAGAGGAGCGGCUCACGAUACUCCCGAAUAACUCACUCAGAAUUAUUGCAGCCCAGGUGUCAGAUUCAGGAAAGGUGCAAUGUAAGGCGAGUAACCGUGAAGGAAUCACUGUUGUUGAGGCUUACAUCACUGUUGUUGUACAUGGCCGUUACUCGGAGUGGUCAGAAUGGGGUAUGUGCAGCUCUACCUGUGGGAUAGGUAUCCAGUUUCGUGCCCGCACCUGUACUGACCCUGAACCUGUCAAUGGCGGUAGGAAGUGUAUUGGCUCCUCCCUAGACUCCAGGACCUGCAUCAUGGCAAGCUGUCCAGUAAAUGGCGAGUGGGGUAAUUGGCAGGGCUGGACUGAGUGCAGUGCUACUUGUGGAGAAGGGGAGAGAUUCAGGACGAGGUUCUGUGACAACCCAAGUCCAAGGGAUGGUGGACUUACCUGUCAGGGCGAUGAUAUACAUUAUGACGUGUGUGGAUCCCGUCCCUGUCCACUUGACGGUCAGUGGGGGGAGUGGUCAGGGUGGAGACCGUGCUCUGUGACAUGUGGGGUCGGAUCUCAGGAAAGGACAAGGAGGUGUGACAGCCCAGCUCCUGCCUACAGAGGACAGUCCUGUUCUGGUGAGGCACUGGACAGGCAGCCCUGUACUGCUCGCACAUGUGAAGUGGAUGGGAGUUGGGGUUUGUGGGCUUCAUGGUCAGGAUGUUCCCAGUCAUGUGGCGGUGGAACCCGCACACGACAGCGUGUCUGUGAUAGCCCUGCUCCGCAGUAUGGAGGAAUGCACUGCUGGGGAAGAGAUCGCCAAGUGGACUAUUGUAAUCCAGAAAAAUGUCCAAGGCAUGGAAACUGGGAAUUAUGGGAGAGCUGGGGGGCAUGUUCUGCCAGUUGUGGAACAGGCAUGAGGAAACGGUUCCGAACCUGUACCAACCCUCCACCUAGUCGUAAUGGCAGACCAUGUCUUGGUUCAGGAGAGAUUACCAAAACCUGCAACACAAUUUCCUGUCCUGUGAACGGUGAGUGGAGAGACUGGUCAUACUGGUCGCCAUGCUCUGUGACAUGUGGAGAGGGGUACAGGGAGAGACAGCGCCAGUGUAGCAACCCUCGACAUGGCGGCAGCUCCUGCCAGGGCAACACUAUACAGAGGGAUGACUGUGUCCUGCCUGCAUGCUCUAAUUUCCCACGGCGGGCGGAAGGUAACUUGGUAGGUUACAUAAACAGCAUAGACCUACCUGAUGCCACUUUGAGUGCCACCAUUACCCCCACUGACAGCGGUACAACCUUGGUGGAGGCCACACUGCACAACGUGCCACAAUCUAUUGAUUCUAUGUAUGCUCACUCAACACGCGUGUUCCGUGUGAACGGACUAACGUUGCCCUAUGCCUGGAACCAUACUAUCACUUACAAUGAGGAUCUGGGUACCAUGCCAUACUUAGUACAAGACAUGUACGUCCGUGACAUUUCCACUUUUUCCCCAACUCCCACUGAGGUUGAAUUCCGUAUUGCGACAAGCAUCAGUCCAGGCACUCCAAGUAACCAGUGUCCAGAUGGAUUCUAUUUAGAUACAGAAGGCCAGUUUUGUAGGGAUGUGGAUGAGUGUACGACUACCCGACCCUGUUCCAGCUACUGUCACAACUCCCCGGGGACCUAUGCCUGUUCCUGUCCAUUUGGCUACGUACUUGACAGGGAUGGGUCCAACUGUCAAGACAUAAAUGAAUGUGCCAACAAUGAUGGAGGUUGUUCUGUAGAACAGGAAUGUAUUAACACCCUGGGGUCAUUCCAUUGUGCUGUCUACUGUAAGAACGGGUUCAGGCGCUCACUUAAUGACCAGUCUUGUGACGAUAUUGACGAGUGCCAUGAGACACCAGAGGUUUGCGGCCAGAUUUGUAACAACAUUCCCGGGGACUACCAGUGUUCUUGCUCUCGUGGCUUCAUGUUGGUGGAAAAUGGAAGAUGUACAGAUGUCAAUGAGUGUGUUCGUGGGACAUCUGCCUGUUCCCACACCUGUAAAAACUCUAUUGGAAGCUACAAGUGCGCCUGUCCCCCAGGGUUAAGACUACAUGAUCAACACACCUGUACAGACAUUGAUGAGUGUAGUGAAGGUACCAGUAGAUGUAGGACUGGUGAAAAGUGUGUCAACUCUGAAGGCAGCUAUAAUUGUGUGCAGCUUUGUGCUGAUGGCUAUGAACCAUUCGCUCCAGGACAGUGUCGUGGUCUUGCAGACAUUGAUGAGUGUAGUGAAGGUACCAGUAGAUGUAGGACUGGUGAAAAGUGUGUCAACUCUGAAGGCAGCUAUAAUUGUGUGCAGCUUUGUGCUGAUGGCUAUGAACCAUUCGCUCCAGGACAGUGUCGUGAUAUUGAUGAGUGCAGGACAAAUGUACACCAGUGUUAUGCCAAUCAGAGAUGUGUAAACACGGAGGGCAGCUACCAAUGUAACUGUGAUCCAGGCUUCAUAUCCAGGGGGCAGGGUCAUCCCUGUAUAGAUGUGAAUGAAUGUACUGAACAAUCUGGGGUGUGUUCGUUCAGAUGUCACAACACUUUUGGUGGAUUUGAAUGCAUCUGUCCUCCAGGACAAAUCCGAUUGGCCGACAGAAAAUCAUGUGCUGGCUUAGAGUUCAUAGAACCAAGCCAGGUGCUCUCAGUCAAUUCCCCCACCAGUCAAAGGUGGCAGCCUCAGAGUGAUGGGGGGUCACCAAGGACUGGGGUCCCACGUACCUGUCGUUUUGGUUAUCGCUGUUCCUCCUUGUAUAGACAUGCCUUGCGACGGCGUCACAAACGUGGAGCGUGCUCUUUUGGGAUGCGUUAUGUCCCCUCUCAACACACCUGUCUAGACAUUGAUGAGUGUACAGAGGACCCUGGAAUAUGUCAACACAAAUGUACAAACACAGAGGGAAGCUUUAAGUGUACCUGUCCUAAGGGCUACAAAGUCUCACGCAAUGGACGCAAGUGUAUAGAUGUAAAUGAGUGUUCCGAGCUGAGCAUCGACUGUGGGCCAGACCAGAUGUGUUUCAAUACCCGUGGCAAUUACCAUUGUAUUGCGACACCAUGUCCUCCCAACUACAAACGUAACUCACGGUCAGGUUACUGUGUAUUAGAAUGUUCACUGUCGGAUAUCCCAUGUCCCUCUGGAGCAAGAUAUGCUGAUGUCAUUGAGUUUAGGACGGUAGCUCUUCCUAGUGGCAUUUUAGCAUACCAGGAUUUGAUUCGUCUGAUUGCAUUUGAUCAGAAUGAUGUGAAGCUUCCAAAAACAGACUUUACUAUUCUGAGAAAUGAUGUAAAUGUUAACUUUGAAAUAAGACUGGAGGACGGCACAGGUAUUGUGUACCCAUUAUCUCGCUUGGAGGAGACUGAACUAUACAGAAUCACUGUAAGAGCCAAAUCAUACGACAAUGAACGAGAAAACAUCCAAUAUCAGACUACAUUCAUCAUACAUAUAUCAGUGUCUGCUUUUCCAUAUUGAUAUGUCAACAACACUAGUUAUAAUGAUUCAUAUAUGUAAUUAUAUGUACCUUAGGUUAUUUGUUUACACCAUCAAUUCGUCCUGUAGGGUAGACUUUGUAACAUGUGAUUCACGAUUCAACAGGUUCCUUCUGAUCACCAUUUAAUCUCCAUUAAAUGUGUAUUAUUUGAUCACCAUUUAAUCUCCAUUAAAUGUGUAUUAUUUGAUCAUCAUACAAUUCAAUGAAUUUGGUUUUUCAUUUUAUGUCUUAACAAAAUCAAAGUGAAUAUCAUUGGAUAUAUUUUUUGUAAUUGUUUGUUUAAAUUCUUUUAUUAAUCAAUAAACGAAGCUUGAAUUAGGCUUACUUUUGUUUAUCUUUUGCACAGAAUUAUAUCAGCAGAUUUUAUAGACACACACCAUAUUAUGUACAGGUUAAGUAUUAAAAAACACCUUUUUAUUUCAUAAUGAUGCUGCUUUGAGUAAGCAAGCAAUACAUGACAGCUCCUAACAAAAUAUUCACAUUAUGUAAUGAUGCAUUUCGUGUCAAAAGUAUGCAAAUAAGAAACAACCAAUUUAAUGCUUUUCUUGUCAAAUUUGUUUGGUGGAAGUUAAACAUGAUUUUAGUUCCAUUUUCCCUAUUAAGAAUAAAAUGAAUAUCAACCUCAACCAAAAAUACUAUUUUGUAUGUGUCAGUCAUUUUAUUCAGUUCUUGUUAGAUUUAUCAAAUGUAAAGAAAUAUUUCUUUGUUGUAUAUAUCCUUUGAUGUAUGAGAAGAUUGAGGUUGCAAGAAAGUGUGUGAGAUUAACAUAAUAAUAGCACAUGGCCAGAUGACAAAUGAUCCUGUAGAAUAGCCUAAUUAGUUAUACCUGUAUACUGCAUACUUUUAUUUACUAGAGAAAACACUUACAAAAAAGAUGUAUUUAACGAUUUUCCUGCCAUGAUAUAACCUCCAGAAUCUUGAAUUGAUUGCAUGCGUUGAGCUUGUAGGCCACAGAAUUGCCAAAAUAUCACAGACGCUAUACUAGAUUUUCUUGGUAUAUAUGUUAUACUAUGUGAGAUAUCUGCUGUCAUGAAAUGUUGUCAAUAUACCUGAAAAUUUAGAAGCACUGAAGCUUCAGUGGGUUAAUUCAGUAUACAUUUUACAUAUUUCAAAACAAUGAAAUAAAAUAUUUGUGUGAACAAAUCUACUUUGUUGUUAUUAAUUCUAUAUCUGAUUCUUUCUUGCAACAUGCAACCAUCUUCAAUUUUGAGAGGUAAAAAAUUGUUAUACCCCCGCAACAAAGCGUUAGGGGGAGGGGGGUAUAUUGGAAUCAGGUCGUCUGUGGACGCAAUGUAGUACUACUGGAUGGAUUUCAAUGAAAUUUGCUGAUAACAAUCCUUGCAGCUUGGAGAUGUGCGUAAAGUCCUUAUUAUUGCGUUAUCUCCCCUUUUCAGGAAGUUAUGGCCCUUGGUUCAUAAACCUUCUC